AUGGUUAAAAGAGACAGAGACUUUUUCCCACAAGCUGACAAGCUAAAAGAAAGGAUUCAAGCCGAAACUCCACCAUCUGGCAUAUAUGGCCUUCUCGACGAAAAAGACAGCGACAAGCUUGAAUUUAUCAAGCUUAAAUUUUCCGAACUCCCCAUAUCAAAAAACACAAUAUCAGGAUGCAUCAAAAACCAAUGAACAACGAUGACGCCAAUUCAAAGAGGCGCUAUCCCCCAUGCACUUGCAGGACGCGACGUCUUAGGGACUGCCUUGACUGGCUCUGGCAAAUCUCUUGCAUUUUUGAUUCCUGCUCUAGAAAAACUCUACCGAGAAAAGUGGUCAAAAAUAGAUGGGCUAGGGUGCUUAAUUAUAGUUCCUACAAGAGAGCUUGGGAUCCAGCUGUUUGAGACCAUGAAAAAGCUCGGCGAAAGGCACCAAUUUUCAGUGGGUCUUGUGAUCGGUGGCAAAGACCUAGAGCACGAAAAAGAAAGGAUAGGAAUGAUGAACAUUUUGAUAGCCACGCCUGGAAGGCUGUUGCAGCACAUGCAGGAAACGUCAGAUUUCAGGACAGACAACUUGCAGAUGCUUAUAAUUGACGAAGCAGACAGGAUUCUGGAAAUGGGAUUCGAAGAAGCACUAAACAGCAUUUUAGAGUACCUUCCUCCACACAGACAAAAUCUCCUAUUUUCUGCUACAUUAUCCAAAUCAAUACAAAGUCUAGUCAAGCUGCAUCUUAACAGCCCUGAAUAUAUAAACGUGCUUCCUAAUAAAGAAGACAUCGGUACACAAUCAAAAUUAACCCAGCAUUAUAUAGUAAUCGACCUCCCACACAAGCUUAAUUUGCUGUUUUCCUUUAUUCGAUCUCAUGUGAAAUGCAAGAUUUUGGUAUUUUUUUCGUCGUGUAAACAAGUGAGGUUCACUUAUGAGACUUUCAAAAAAAUGCACCCUGGGAUUCCACUUAUGGAACUUCAUGGAGGACAAAGACAGGACAAACGAACGGCUAUUUAUUUUAAUUUUCUGGAGAAGCCUGAAGCUGUUUUAUUCGCAACUGAUAUAGCAAGUCGUGGGCUAGAUUUCCCAGCAGUACAUUGGGUAGUUCAAGUUGACUGCCCAGAAGAUGUGCAAUCCUAUAUACACAGAGUUGGCAGAACUGCUAGAUAUAAAUCAGGCGGAAAUGCGUUAUUAUUCCUUUUACCAUCAGAAAUUAAAUUUAUUGAGUAUUUAGAAGAGAGGAAAAUAAGUAUGAAAAAAAUCAAGCCAAACCCUAAAAAGACGUACUCAAUUGUGAAUAAUUUGGCCAAUUUUGUGGCAGAAGAUUCAGCUAUAAAACAUUUGGCAGAAACCUACUUCAAAAGCUACGUGAGAUCAGUUUUCUUAAACCCAAAUAAAGAAGUCUUUAACUUCAACGCCUUGCCCUUCAAAGAGUUUUCUGUAUCUUUAGGAUUAACAGGAGACCCAAAUAUUAGUUUAGUAGAAGGCGAUGGCGAAACGAGGAAAAAGACAAAAUUAGAGAUCCUCAAAGAAAAAAUCAAAAAGAAAAAAGAAGAGAAAAAGCGAAAACUCGCAGAGGAAAAUGCUCAAGACGAGCCUCAAGAAGAACCUCAAGAAGAGGCUCAAGAAAUUACAAAUGAAGAGGAGCCUGAAAAUAAUGAAGCAGAAAAUAUGGAAGUUGAAAGUGACGAAGACUUGUUCCAAAUUAAAAGGAAAAAUCACGGUUUAGAAGAAAUUGGGCUUGAAGCAAUCCAAGAAGACUUCAUGAGCAAGCGGCAGCUGAAAAAGAAGAAAAAAGAAAGCAUUGAAUUCAGCCAAAACCCUGAAGAAGAUCUGACUGAGAAAGUGAUAUCCAGAGUCAAAGAAACCGCAGAAAUCGCAAAAAUAAAAGAAAAACAAAGGAUCAAGAAGAAGCAUAAAGAAGAAAGACUCAAGGCCCGCUCACAGCGAGAAGCAGGAAGUGAAGAAGAAGAAGAAUUAUAA